AUGAACCUUUCUGACGAUACUUUGGAGACUCUUCCAUGGUGGAAAUCUUCACAUGUAUGGACUUCUACGGAUCCCACAAUCUCACUAGCAACAACCGCCACCCUUCUCAUUCCUGCAAUAUACUUUCUAUACAGAGUUUUAUCAAAAACAUCACGCCAUGAGCGACCAGUACUUUUUACUUUACCAACUCCAGAGCAAGCCCUUCCUCACUGGAAGGGCAAACGACUGUCACCCGUUUCUAUACGAGACCCAAAUAACCCAACACACAUACAAUGCUAUUGCCCUGCAACAGGCCAGUUCCUAGACUCUAUACCAGCAGCAACUACCUACGACAUUGAUGAAACAAUAGAACGUACAAAACUUGCCCAGAAAGAAUGGGAAAAAACAACUUUUAGCCAGCGACGAAAAGUCCUCAACACAAUUGGCAAUUACAUUAACAACAACCAAGAUGAUAUUGCUAGAGUGGCAUGUAGAGACUCUGGUAAGACGAUGCUUGAUGCUUCACUUGGAGAGAUUUUAGUCACUCUGGAAAAAAUUAAUUGGAUUGUCAAGCACGGUGAAAAAGCUCUGAAACCUUCUUCACGUCCAGGUCCAUCAAACCCACUCUUAUCUUACAAGACUGCUGAGGUUGUUUAUGAGCCUCUUGGAGUUGUCGCUGCACUUAUUUCUUGGAAUUAUCCACUACACAAUCUCAUGGGACCGAUUGUGGCAUCUAUUUUCUCUGGGAAUGGCAUUGUGGUCAAGUGUUCCGAGUCAGUCGUAUGGUCAUCCAAGUACUUUAUUAAGAUUGCCAAACAGGCUCUCAAAGUCAACGGAUUUGAUCCAGAUCUCGUCAAUGUCAUUGCCUGUUGGCCAGAAGAUGCGGACUACCUGACUUCUCACCCAAGUCUUUCACACAUUACUUUUAUUGGCUCGCGACCAGUUGCUGAAAAGGUUGUUAUUGCUGCUGCUAGUUCUAUGACACCAGUAGUUGUUGAGCUUGGUGGCAAGGAUCCUUUUAUUGUUCUUGAUGACGUUACAAACAAUACUAAUUCUAUGGAGAAUAUUGCUUCUUACAUUUUACGCGGCACGUUUCAAUCUUCCGGUCAAAACUGUAUCGGUAUCGAGCGUGUUAUUGCACUUCCCAAAGCUUAUGAUUAUCUUGUGAAUUCUCUUAGUAAGCGAAUUCCAGAGAUAAGAUUAGGAUCUUCUAUUGACCAACAAGACGACAUUGACAUGGGUGCUACUAUUACAGAUUUAAGAUUCCCGGCUCUAGAAGAACUCAUCAAACUAGCAGUGUCCCAGGGUGCCCAGCUUGUUUGUGGUGGUGUUCCAUAUCCUCAUCCUAAAUACCCUCAAGGGCACUAUUUUACACCAACACUUUUAACUGGUGUCACCAAAGAUAUGGACAUUGCACAACAAGAAGUUUUUGGCCCGGUAUUGCUAAUUUUUAAAGCAGAGAAUGUUGAUGAGGCUAUUGAUAUUGCAAAUUCUACUGAAUAUGGAUUGGGUUGCUCUGUUUUUGGGCAAACUAAGGCAGAUAUUGAAAAGGUAGUGCACAAUGUCAAGGCAGGUAAUGUUUCUGUCAAUGAUUUUGCAUUUUACUACAUUUGCCAGUUACCAUUUGGUGGCACCAAGGGAAGUGGUUACGGCAAGUUUGGUGGUGAGGAGGGUCUUCAAGGCUUGUGUCUGGCUAAAUCUAUAUGCAGAGACAAAUUCCCCUUUAUUCAUAGCUCCAUCCCACGGCCUUUGGACUAUCCAAUUCCCGACGUAAAGCGAGCAUGGAAAAUUGCUAAAACAAUUAACGUCGUCGGAUACGGCUGGGGCAUUUGGAAUCGUCUUAGAGGCUUACUUGAAUUGAGCAGAAGCACAUGA